CUCUCUUCCUUCCUGUGGAACUGUAUGCUGGAUAAAAACUUAUCAUUGCCUACAGAAUAGUGAUGUCGUAAAUUAAUAAUUCAUAAAAGAGUGGUUAUGUAAAAAUCAGUAUUCUUUAGCGCUGCAAGCCAAUCCAAUUACACCUACACUCAAAAAUAAUAAUAAAAAACACCUGUUUCAACAGACAUACAUACUUACAAUUUUAUACAAAGCAACAGGCAAUUUACGUUCGUUCAUACAUAGGUUCACAAACUAGCAGUAGUAUUGCUUUCGUGUCAGAUGUCAAUAUACAUAUAAUCAUAGUGCAUAUAAUCUCUGUCAGCGCUGGGUCGCCAGUUAGUAAGUUGCAAUAUGUCGUUGUUGAAUGCUUAUUUUGCAGUGUUGCUCAUACUUAGUGUUAGCGUAUUUGCCCGCAAAGAUGCUGAAGAUGGUUUUGUUGUGGGACGAAAUGAGAUGAAAUAUCGCACCGAAGAGCUAACUCAUGAAAAGAUUUUAGAAUAUGGUCCACUUUCGGAUGUUCCACACUUACGUAAAGCCGUUAAUAAUAUACUUGUACCGCGAGUUGUCGGCACAAAAGGACACACCAAUGUUCGCGAGUAUAUAACUAAUAAUCUGCGUGAACUUAAUUGGACAGUUGAAUAUGAUAAAUUCCAUGAAACAGUGCCUAUUUUGGGCAAAUUACAUUUUCACAAUAUCAUAGCGAAACUCAAUCCGGAUGCUGAACGUUAUUUAGUAUUUGCCUGCCAUUAUGAUAGCAAAUAUUUCGAAGAUUUUGAAUUUCUUGGCGCAACAGACUCCGCCGUACCGUGUGCCAUGCUACUGAAUUUGGCACACGUAUUACAAACGGCGCUUGAACCAUUCCGCAAAACAAAACUAAGUUUAAUGUUUAUAUUCUUCGAUGGCGAAGAAGCUUUUAAAGAAUGGGGACCACACGAUUCGAUUUAUGGUUCACGUCACUUGGCAAAGGUGUGGGAGGCGGACGGCACACUAAACCGUUUGGAUAUGAUGGUGCUAUUGGAUUUAAUUGGUUCGGUCGACCCAACAUUUUAUAGUUUUUUUCCCAACACCGAAGCUUGGUAUUCGCGUUUGGUAACGCUGGAAGAGCGACUUUCCGAUCUAAAUAUGUUACAACAUUACACAAGCAGCGGUGUAUCACGUCAUUACCCCAAUCGUUAUUUUCAACCAAAUACAUUGCGUUCGUCAAUGGUUGAGGAUGACCAUUUACCUUUUUUAAGGCGAAAUGUACCCAUAUUGCACCUCAUACCGCUACCUUUCCCAACUGUUUGGCACACGAUAGAUGACAAUAAUUCUAUAAUUGACUAUACUACCACGGAAAAUAUCGCGUUGAUACUACGCUUAUUUGCGAUGGAGUACUUGCAGAGCGCAAUUGAAGAGAAGUGAAAUAUGUUAAGAGAAAGAGGCACAACGUAAAGAGUACUUACCUAUUAAGUAAAAAUGUACGUAUGAAUAAGUAAUGUGAUA